AUAUUUUAUCGAUUUACAACAACCAAUUCAAUUUUUUAAUAAAAUAUCAAGUAUAUUAGUUCUAUAUAUAUAUAGAUAUAAAAAUUUAUAAUGUUUUCGUCAUUUUGUUCAAAAAUUAGAUAUAUUAAUAGCAAUAAUUCAUUACUUACAAGAGGUUUAAAAAGUGAUCUACAUAUAAAAUGGGUUCGACCUGAAAAGAUUGCUUGUUGGCAUCCGAAAAAAACUGGUGACUUAGUACCGUUAAAGAAUAUUUAUAUGCCUGAAUUCCCAUUACAGUUUCAGAAUUCUCAUGAAUUAAAGACGGCAAAUGAAUAUGUUCGUAAAGUUUUUUCCUGUGAUUUUAUGGGUCGUCGUUAUGCUAUGGAGUUGUAUCGACAAAAAUUAAUUAAUGAAGUGAAAUCUAACAUUCUUGAUUCAACUUCAUGUGAAGUUCAAAUUGCUAGUAUGACAGCCAAUAUUCGUAAUCUUCAAAAUCAUUUUGAAAUUGCUCCAAGAGAUAAACUUUCUAGAGUAGCCAUGAAAGAAAUAAUUGACAAAAGGAAAAAACGGUUGAAGUAUUUGCGAACCUGGGAUUAUAAAAAAUUUGAAUGGUUGUUAGAAAAGUUGGAAAUAGAAUAUCGACCUCAUCCAGUAUAUGAAAGAGUGGAAAGAAAAAAGUCAUUGCGCCGUCUAACAUCUCAAUGGUGUGAUAUGGUAAAAACAAAAAAACUGAAUAUAUAUCAGAAAGAAUUAGAUAGUCAGAAGGUAUCAUUCCUUGAGCAUAAAGUAGAAACAUUAAAAUGGGCCAGAAAGGAAGAAAUUGAGUGUGGCAUUACACCUACUAUAUUAGAAUCUGAAAUUGAAGCAGCUCAAAAACAAUUGGAAGAGUGGCAAACUAUAAUGAAUGAAAAAAAAAAAGGAGAAGUUGUUUAAUAAUAUUACUAUAAUAUAUAGUAAUAGCACUUUAAAAAAAUUGCAUAUUUUUACUUUAAGAAAUUUCAAUGUUAUAACAGAUUACAAAAAAAAAAAGAGGAGAGUUAAAAGUAUUUUAUUUAUAAUUCAAAAAUUAAUUGUUAAAUAAAAAAGAAAGUUUAACUAUUAUCAUUUUCUUUAACUAGAUAUAAUUUUAGGUAGAGUUAGAACUAAAUUCUAUUGAUAAAAAAGUUGACUAGUCAUAGGAGAAACUAGAAUAAAAAUAUUGAGGUAAUUCUUGUAUUUCUCUUUCCCUAAAAAUUAUUAUACAAAAUAAACAUAAUUUUUUUAGUUUUUAAAAAGCAAAUUAAUUGACUGUCAGACUAGGACUUAUAGUUGAACAUAUUAAUUUAGUUCCCCAACCUCUUCUUGGUAUAACUACAAAUAGAUACUAAUUUAGAAACUCCCAACAAAAUAUUUUGAAUUCCAAUUUUUUUUUAUUUUUCUAGUACUUAAGGCAAUAGGAUAUUACUAUACUUAGGAUUUCCACGGGAUAUACCAAUUCAAUCACCAUAAGUGAUCAACUGGUAAAACCAAUCUCAUGAUAGAAAAAAAUUUAUUUUAUACUUUCUAAAUGUUUAAUAUGGAAAGACAAGUUUAGAAAAAAAAACUGUUUUCACAUAAAAUAUAUUAAAAGUAUCUAAUAAUAUAUGCAUAAUAAAAUAAUAAACUAUUUGGUGUCCCAUCAUAUUUUUAUUUAAGGUAAAAAAAGGCGACUUGAUCUCAACAAAAACAAAGGACUUAGAAGAAGAAUUUGAUGAUUUCCUUUAACAUUAACCAAAAUAAAACAAAACAAAUUUGUUGUUAUGAUUUAUUGUGAAAUCUCUUAACUGAGUGUUGCUAGAGUUCAGAAUUCCUAGAAAAUUUUAUCAUACACUAUUAUAAAACAAAAUAAAAAAAACCCAGCACAGGGGGGUCGUGGUAUAGUGGUGACGUGGCAUAAUUGGAUCAAGUAUAAUGAUAUCUGACGGUGAUUAAAAUCACAAUAAAAAAAACAUUUCGAUGCAAAUAUUUAGAUAGUUUGAAUUUAAUAAUAAUAAUAAAAAAUUUGAAUUUAGUUGCUACUAAAAUUUCUGAUAAUUUAAGUCCCCUAAUAUCCGUUAUUAAGUUGUAAGUUUUAUAAGUUUUAUACAAACUAAAUAAAAAUUAUGUGAUAUUUUUUCACUACUUAUCACUAAACUAAUUUACAGAGGCAUACGUAAGAGUUGAGUUCUAGUAUUUGAACACUCCCCAAAGCCAGGUCAACUAUAUAGAAGGAGGUGAAGCUCGAUAUAGACCUAUUAUCAACCUAUAAUCAAAACCAUAAUUCAUCUAAAAUCCUACAUACAUUAAUGUUAUAUUUAUAUUAUAUAAUUUUUAAUAUAUGCAAUCUUUAAUUUAUUUCAAAAUUAUUAUAUCAAAUAACGUUUGGAUGCUUGUAAAAAAAAUAUAUAGAAUGUUCAGUAAGUAAGGAAACUGGUUUCUAUUGUUACUGAACACUCUGUAUUAGUAUUUUAUA